AUGAAAUAUGGAGGAAUGACAUACCAGUUAGAACGAGGAAAUCAUAUUCGAAAAGAAUGCCUCAAGAAAAAUGUUCCUGGUAUUCUACAUCGUCUUUGGCCAACUUUGAUUUAUGCAUCAACUGCGAUAGGAAGUACAUUUGCUAUAUACAAGAAAGAAAUCCAAUUUUAUUGUGGAACAGAAUUACCUUUAAUUAACCAUAUUCGCUAUGCGGCAAGUGAAGGAUUCUUCGGAAUAUCUGCAAGUAUUCAUACGGAUGAAUACUUCCUAUUGCCAACAUGUGUAUUUUUCGAAUUUAUCAAAGAAGAAGAUAUUGAUCAGAGUCAACCAAAGACUCUUCUUAUAUCAGAGAUCAAACCAGGAAAUCGAUAUGAAUUAGUUUGUACAAAUGAAGCAGGGCUUAUUCGAUAUCGCAUGGGGGAUGUAAUAAAUUGUACAAGAUUCCUUAAUCGGGCAGAUGAUUUAAUUCCAUUACCAUCUGAACCAGAAGAGAUUCCUCGAAUCCCUCUCAUUUCAAUCGCAUACCGUACUGGAAAUCUUUUAGAUAUAUAUGGAGAGAAAACAUGUGAACAACAUAUUAUGAAUGCUAUUAAAUUAGUAGUUAAUCGAUGGAAAGAACAAGGAAUACAUGUUGAUAUUUGUGAUUUUACUUCAUAUACAAAAGUUGAUGUCUCUCCAGCUCAUUAUAUUAUAUUUUUAGAACUGAUGGACGUACAAGGAAACAAAAUUGAUGAUCAACAACUUCGAAUGCUACAGAAUAACGUUAGUUUGGAAGUUGAUCAACAACUUCACAUAACGAAUGAUUAUUAUAAACAAUAUCGUAGUUUAGGAAAACUUGGCUCGCUUUUAUGUAUUAUUGUUCGAAGUGGAACAUUCGCUGAAUUCUUCAACAGAGUAUUAGCGACCGAUCGAGUAAGUCCUGUUCAAAAUAAACCUCGCCGAUUAUUGAACAAUGAAAAACACAUUCAAUUCUUUUAUGACAAUCAAAUUACCACUUUCGAUUCAUAG